GUAUUUGCCACACAGUGUCAAGAUGUUGUGUUUUCUCGUGUUGCUGGGCGCGGCUGCUACUGCCACCGCUCAGACCUCGGGGUCUCGGGUCGUCACCACGCAUCACGGCCCGAUCCGCGGCUACAAGCUCCCGGAUGGCUCCAUGUAUGGUUUCUUCGAUGUUCCCUAUGCGACUGUGCCCGCGGGAAGAGACAAAUUCAAGGCGCCUCUGCCUCCACCCACAUGGACACAACCUUUUGAAGCAGUUCCCCGAGGAAUCAUAUGCCCGCAACUCAAUAUUCUAAUAAAUGUACCGCACAUUAUGCAAGAAGACUGUCUGGUAGCAAACAUAUUCGUCCCCGAUACUAACGAUACUAAUCUACCAGUCGUGGUCAAUGUCCAUGGCGGAGGUUUUGUCUUCGGAUCUGGAAGCUCAAUACAAUACACAAAUUUCGUCAGAAACAAUAACAUGAUAUUGAUCACAUUUAACUACCGCCUUGGAGCGUACGGUUUCCUAUGUUUGGGCACUGAAAAUGUUCCUGGAAACGCGGGCAUGAAAGAUCAAGCAGCUUUACUGCGAUGGGUUAACCAAAACAUUGCACAAUUCGGGGGCAACCCUAAUGACGUAACUGUAAUGGGAUGCAGCGCUGGCGGGAUCUCUACAGACUUAUUAACGAUAUCGAACAUGACAAGAAAUCUCUUCCAUAGGGCAAUACCAGAAAGCGGGUGCAGUUACGGAGCCUUUGCAAUACAAUACGAUCCGAUACAGAACGCAAGGGACUAUGCUAGGCUUUUGAAUGACACUAAUAUCGAUAGCAUAGAAGCCUUGGAAGAGUUUUAUUUGACGGUUCCAGCCGAAACGUUGGCAACGCGAAUAAUGAGCAUCAUAACCCAUCCAGAUUCCAGCCUCACCUUCACUGCAUGUCUAGAAAGAGAUGUUGGAGUAGAAAUGUUCCUACAAGAUGACCCCGCAGACAUACUGAAAAAUGGAGAUUUCCCCGCCAUUCCAUUGUUAUACGGACUAGCCAAAGAGGAAGGUAUGUCCAGAAUAGCAAACAUAUUAACAGGAUGGCUGAGCAAGAUGAAUGAGCAUUUUUCAGAUUUUAUGCCAAAUGAACUGGAAUUUGAGAGUGUGGAAGAAAAAGAAAGAGUGGCAAAUACCGUCAGGACUUUUUAUUUCGGAAAUAGAUCUAUAGGCAUAUCGACAAUACCAGAAUACGUAGAUUUUCACACCGAUGUUCUGUUUGGGUAUAGAAUGAUGAAGGGUCUUACUUUACGACUUGAAGCUAAGGAUCAGCCUAUAUAUCUCUAUCAAUAUUCAUUUGUUGAUGAAAAUACUCAACCGAUAUGGUUUACGAAUGUGACAGGGACGGACCACUGCGACCAAACCCAUAUCAUGUCCGACCACGACACGACGGGCAAAACAGAAGCGUAUCUUAACAUGCAAAAUAUGACGCGCUCACUCUGGACCAACUUUAUACUUACCGGAAAACCUGUCCCCGAUGGAUCCUCGCUACCAACCUGGCCAGCAACGAACAUCACCAGGUCUCCUUACAUGGACCUAGGCCCUGUAGUGCGGUUGGAAAACUCCAUGUUCGGAGCCAGGUUUGUACUGUGGGAUGGAAUCUACGAGAAGCAUUAUAGGAAACCUAUGCGACCGAAUCCCACCAUGCCCGGUAGUGCUGCGGGCGUAGCGUCUAAUGUUUAUGUAUUGAGCCUUGUAGUGUGUAGUUUAGCCUCUCGGUUUUUUUAUUGAGCAAUUUAAAUAAUUCUCAUUUUGGAAAAAUGGUAAUGUAAUUUGUAUAUGGAAGUACUGUAAUAUAGGUAUAUAGUAUAAUAUAAAAUGUGCACUAACUAUAAAUGUCGGAACAAAACUAACACAAGAGUGGGUAAUAUAAAAAUGAUCAAGCCAAUAACUAGUUUAUAUAUAUUUUCUAAUAUAACAACGAUUAUAGAAUAUCGUUUCCGGCCGAUCAUUAUAGUUAGGCAGCGUGGACUAAACGUUUGUUACUUUUUAUAAUAAGUACAUCCUAAUUAUUUGGAACUGAAAAUCACAACGUUUAACGACAUUAUUAACGUUUUUUAAUACAAAAUAUUGGUGGAAAGGUAUUAUUCACUUUCCAUUGUUUAAUGCUACAUCCAUAGAUACAUCGAAUGAUACGGCGAUGAAAAGUCGUGGCACACGAAGGCAUAUAGCGCGCGCGCAUCAAAACCGAUGCAAUGACCAGUUGUUGGAUAAAUAGCUCAACCACCGCCACCCUGCUUUCAACUUCGCGUUUCGCACGGGUUUGUUUACCUAAUCUUCACGAUGUGCAUAGAUUUAGUGACAUUCGAGCGGAAAUUAAAUUAAGUACUUAUUUUUAUAUGAUGAAGUUAAUCUCUAAAUUUAACAAUUAAAAAAAGUCGUAAAACAACUUACAACAUACAUACA